UGUGUAUUAGUUUCAAUGACAUAGGGUGUUGCUUGUUGUCAUGGGUAACACUGCGAUAUUGCGGGAGGACGGAACACUGGUCCUCUUAAGAAACGGUGACCUUCUUUAAGGAGAGAGACUGUGGAGGAGUGGAAGGGGUGCGUCUUGUAAUCAGCUUCCUUAUUUGCUGGAUCUGUUCUCUUUCCUGCUGUGUGAACCAUGUCUGCGCUACCGAGGAAGAAAGCAUGGGCAUCUUACAUGACAAAUUCUCCAACUUUAAUUGUAAUGGUCGGUUUGCCAGCCAGGGGAAAAACAUACAUGUCCAAGAAACUCACGCGGUACCUCAACUGGAUUGGUGUGCCUACAAAGGUUUUUAAUUUAGGAGUAUAUAGGCGAGAAGCCGUACAGUCCUACAAAUCCUUUGAAUUCUUCAGGCAUGAUAACGAAGAAGCUAUGAAAAUUCGAAAACAUUGUGCCUUGGUAGCUCUAGAAGAUGUAAAAUCCUACUUGCUUGAGGAAGGGGGACAAAUAGCAGUCUUUGAUGCUACCAACACCACAAGGGAGAGAAGAGAUCUAAUUUUGGAUUUUGCUAAAGAAAAUGCCUUCAAGGUGUUCUUCGUUGAGUCCGUCUGCGAUGAUCCUGAAGUCAUUGCCUCAAAUAUUUGGGAAGUGAAACUCUCGAGCCCAGACUAUCCUGAGAGAAACCGAGAUCAUGUGAUGGAGGAUUUCCUCAAGAGAAUUGAAUGCUAUAAAGUUACAUAUCAGCAGCUUGAUCCAGAUGAUUAUGACAAAGAUUUAUCCUUCAUUAAAGUGAUAAAUGUUGGUCAACGAUUUCUUGUAAAUACAGUCCAGGAUUAUAUUCAAAGUAAAAUCGUGUACUACCUCAUGAACAUUCAUGUGCAACCACGUACAAUCUACCUCUGUCGACAUGGUGAAAGUGAACACAACCUUCAUGGCAGAAUUGGUGGAGAUGCAGGGCUGUCAUCCCGAGGGAAACAGUUUGCUCAGGUUCUGAAGGAGUUCUUGGAAGAACAACAGAUAGUGGACCUCAAGGUUUGGACGAGUCAGCUGAAAAGAACCAUCCAAACAGCAGAAGCCUUAAGAGUCCCUUACGAGCAGUGGAAGAUUCUGAAUGAGAUUGAUGCUGGUGUGUGUGAGGAAAUGACUUAUGAAGAAAUCCAGGAUAAAUAUCCUGAUGACUUUGCUCUGCGGGAUCAAGACAAAUAUCAUUAUCGCUACCCUGGUGGAGAGUCCUACCAGGAUUUGGUACAGCGUUUAGAACCAGUUAUCAUGGAGCUGGAGCGUCAGGAGAAUGUUCUGGUAAUCUCUCAUCAAGCUGUCAUGCGUUGCCUAUUAGCUUACUUCCUUGACAAGAGUGCAGAUGAGUUGCCAUACCUGAAAUGCCCGCUUCAUAGCGUCAUCAAACUGACUCCUGUUGCUUAUGGAUGCAAGGUAGAAACCAUUCAUUUGAACGUUGAAGCAGUGAACACACAUCGAGAUAAGCCACCUGAUAACAUGAUGAAGAACCAUUUUCCAGUGAUGAUGCGAAGAAACAGCUUCACGCCACUGGCUAGUCCAGAUUCUGUAAAACGUCCACGGCUCUACAGUGUUGGGAGCAAACCUCUCAGCCCCUUAGCAUCUCUCCACCUCUCUGAGACUGCAGACAGGGCACCUCUUCAACAACCUCAGGUUCACAAUAACAUGAACAUAUCCAGAAGUCGGAAGCGUGAAGAUGCACUUGAAACUGUUCCACCCCACGAUUAAUAGGAACACAACACAGAGGGUCAUUAAUCCUGCCUUACUGAUGAUGACAAACGUAGCUGCUGAGCUGCAAUAUAUGCAACAAAAAUGAAAAAAUAAUCUCCGAAUGGAGGAAAUUUAAGGGCAUAGAUUUAUUUUCUUCACAGACUACAAAAGAAUAGGUCUCUGUUCUAAAAGAGUAUUAUUUUAACUGCCUCCAAAUUUCUUGCUAAAGAUGACUCAUUAAGGUUUAAAGAAUGACAUUUUCUUGUUUGAAUUUUUGUUGCUCAGCAGUGGAAAUGCAUAAUCAUAUGCAAAACACAUAUGACUUACAUGGGAACUGCACCUGAGUAUCGGGGCACUUUCCCAUCGGUCUACCUCUUUUAAUGUGUCCCACAAAUAAGAAGACACUAGAAAACACUGUACUACUCAAGGAGUAAGUUAUAAUUUCAAAACUCUCCCCUUCCCCCAAUUUCUCUUUAUGAGCCAUUCAGAAUUCAUAGUUCCGUCCCAGUAUGAGGGUCUACAGAAUAGCAUAAAAGAUGACUUGUAAGGAGCACAGUCUGCCUGACAUGCAUUCAGCAAUGUAAUACUUCAGUUAUUCUGGGUAGAGUAGCAGUUGAUUUCAAUAACACCCGAACUGCUGCCUAAUGUUAUUGCACAUUAUUAUUGCACUGAAAUAGAUGGCGACACUGAGCUGCUGCAGAACGUCUGCAUCUGCCUCCGUGUAUGGAUCAUUCCAUACCUCAGUCUGCUUAUUCUGUGUAUCCUGAUUCUAGAUCGUGAUGACAAGGAAAAGGCUAGACAGCAAUGAACAUAUCUGCUUUACUAGUAAACAAAACAUCGUUACUGUUUUUUUGGUUUGCAUGCUUCUGUCAGAAAUAUUUUGAUUUUAUACUACACUGUAAAUUUUAAAGAACCCACACAGCAGACACAAACGGUUUUCUUGUUCUAAUGCAUAGUUUUAUGCUGUCAAAAGGUUUCAUUACUUUUUUUAGUAUAUGUUUUUAAUGUGCUUUGAACCAAGAAGUUACAGACACUCCACUGAAGUUGAAUGCACUUUGUUUUAUCCAGCCAUUUCUGCACUACUUGGCAUGGUUUGAGUACUGAUGGCUUAGAUUAACUGUUGUUCUUGUAAGUACAACACUGUGAAUGUACACUUGAAGCCAGGCAUGUCAUUUGUCACAUUUGGUAUGCCUUCUUCCUCAGAUUUAGAGGAAAGUGGCCUAAUAAAAAUGUGCAGUACAGCAGA